AACUUAUCUGCUCCGAUCCGAUCUGAUCUGAGCCUAAACAACAGAUCCAGGUUUUAUUUAUUAUUUAUUCAUGUAACCUGAUUGUCUCAGAUCAGUAGAUAUGGCGAAUGUUUCUCCUACACGUUGUCUGGAUAAAAUCGACUUCUCCUCUCUCAGAGAUCCGACUGGGAUCUUUGAUCUGGUGAAGAUGGUCGGUAAUGGAUCAUACGGUCAGGUGUACAAGGGUCGACAUGUUAAAUCAGGUCAGACUGUUGCUAUCAAGGUGAUGAACGUCAGCGGGGCUACUCAGGAGGCCCUGAAAGCCGAGAUCAACCUGCUGAGUAAAUACUCUCACCAUCGGAACAUCGCCACCUACUACGGUGCUUUUAACAAGAAGAACCACCUGGAGGACCAUCUGUGGUUGGUGAUGGAGUUCUGCGGUGGAGGUUCGCUAGACGGUCUGAUCAGGAGCACCAGGACGAAGUCUCUGAAGGAGGAGUGGACGGCCUACAUCAGUCGAGAGAUCCUGCAGGGUCUGUCACACCUUCACAAACACAAAGUCAUCCACAGAGACAUCAAGGGUCAAAAUGUGCUGCUGACAGAAAAAGCCGAGAUUAAACUGGUGGAUUUCGGGGUGAGUGCACAGACGAACGCCACCCUCUGUCAGAGGAACACGUUUAUCGGGACUCCGUGCUGGAUGGCACCAGAGGUCAUCAACUGCCAGCAGGACUCCAAAUCCAGCUACGACUUUAAAAGUGAUAUCUGGUCUUUGGGCAUCACAGCAAUCGAGAUGGCAGAAGGAGCACCACCUCUGUUUGAUGUGAAUCCUAUGAAGGCGUUACUCAUGAUUAUUCAAAAUGCUUCUCCAACACUGAAGUCGGACACAUGGUCGAACAAUUUCCACUCUUUUAUCUCGGACUGUCUGGAGAAGGACCACACGCAGCGUAAGAGUGCCGACGACAUGCUAAAACACAGCUUCAUUAGCUCAACCCAGGAUAUCCGCUACAUCCGCCAUCAGAUCACUGACCACUGGAGGAGCGAAAAAAAAUACAGUGACGUUGAUAAAGAGUCAGAGAAUCGUAGCAAACUCAGCCCUGUCAACAAGGUUCCCUCUGCAUCAGGACCACAGUGGGGGGCCGAUCAAGAUGAGAAGAACAGGCGCCGACUGCAGGAAGAGGAAUAUCAGAGGAAGAAACUGCAGCAGCAUCAGCAGCAGCUGCACCACCAACCUCAACCCAAACAUCUACAGGGUCAGAAACAACUGGUUCAUCAUGAUGACAGGAUCCACUGCAGCCCUCUUCAGGGUCACCAGCAAUUGAACGAAUCUUAUCCACCGAAGGUUCCAUCCCAUCUGAAGUUGUCCCGGAUGAUGUCGUGCCCCCCCAAUAAGCAGGAGCAACAGCGUGGCCGAGCAGAGCAGCGCUCCGCCGCCGUGCCUCAAAUCUGCAUUUCCCCUCAAGAUGACGUUCACUUCAACUUCAACCAACGGCCACGAAGCCGGAGUCCGGCGCCCCCGGAGAUGAACCCCAACCUACUGAAUCAGGCUUUGCCUCCGAAACACCGACCCCGCUCCUCAUCGCUCACGCCCUUCCAUCAGUCAGAGAUAGAGGAGGCCAGGCGCAUCAUGAGCGCGAACAGCCUGCGAGGAGCCUCCAUGCGACUGGCCAACAGUCAUGAGUGUCUGAGCAACGUGGGUCGGAACCACGCGCCCCCCAUGUCUCCAGAACAUUUCCACCCUCACGGGAACCUUCUCGGCAUUCCUCACAAUCGCCACCCGGCGCUCCACAGAUCCAACCCAGAUCUUUCAAACCCUUCUUCUGAGGCAGAGUACAAUCAGAGGAGCAGGACCAACCAGAAGAUCUGCCGGAACUGAUCUGCUCGCACCGAAGACGUGCCAUGUCCCUGACUGGGCAUCAAUCAGAAGAGAAACCAGCCUGCUGGUACAAAUUCCUCCGGGUUUGGAUCUUUAGGUGGUAGAAGAUAAAUUUACAUUUACAUUUUCAGUAUUUAGCAGACGCCUUUAUCCAAAGCGACUUACAGUACUGUGACAGUAUACAGUAUGAGCAAUUGAGGGUUAAGGGCCUUGCUCAAGGGCCCCACAGCGGCAACCUGGCGGUGGUGGGGCUUGAACCGGUGACCUUCUGCUUACUAGUCCAAUACCUUAACCACUAGGCUACAACUGCCCUAUAACAAAGAUAAAUGAACGUUUUUAUUUGUCAUUUACAAACGUGUGCAGUACAAUUCAAUUCUAUUUUCUAAGAGGCUGAGACAGAGCACUCCUGGUUAAGGGCCUUACUCAAGAGCCGGGAUUCAAACCCACAACCUUCAGAUUGACAGCUCUACCCAUCUCGGAGACUCGGCCCGCCUGUUCCUUUAUUAUUUGUAAAAAACACUUUUUGGUGAAGGUCAUUUAUUUUUGGGACGUUAAUCUCAGAUUAGUUUUGUUUAGUAGCUUUAAAAUUACAGACUUUAACAUUAAGUACAUUUUUAAAUUUACAUUUUCAUUAUUUAGUUUGAAGCCGAAAUUUUAUCUUGUUUUUAUCGUAAUCAGUGUUUAUACGUUUGAUUUCUAUUAUAAAUAAAUUAGUGGGCACUCGGGUGGCACGGCGAUCUAUUACACCAGCGCACCACUGUUCAAAUCUGGGUUUAGACCCUGACCAGGAUAAAACGGUUACUCCUAUUUCUAUCCGGGCUUGUGAGCUGCACUGAGAUAAAAGAGCGCACUGACAGGUUAGCUGUUAGUAAAUUCGUGUUUGUUUAUAUUAAUGUGUGUUUUUGGUGAACUGUGGAGGAACUGCAGCUGAACGAGGAAUCUGAUCACGCUGAACCUCGACUGCUGAUUUUUAUGGGUUGAUUUUUUUCAAAGAGAAUCAAGCAGCGCUGUCAGUCAUGGACUUUCCUCCGUGGUCACCUGAUCUAAUGAGAUUGUUCUGCUGAUGAGAGGAUUUGUAAUAAUUCUGGCCCCCGGUGUGUAUGUGUGACAGCCAGCAUCACCGGAAACCUGCGCUGUUAGAUAAAUGUGGUUUGGGCUGAAGGGCUGAAGGGGGCCAAAACUUCUGCAUAACACUGUGAGCACCGCCAUAAAUGUGAGCGUUUACUGUAGUAAAUAUUGUUCAUUAUUUAGAGUUUUUUACUUUGUAUUGUUUAUGCACUUAUAGAUAAAACUGUGACCUGAUGUUGAGUUAAAUAUCUGGACACGUGUUCCAAGCUUGGGACACUUUGGAGACUUUGGCAACAUUGGACACUUAAGAAACCUUGGGGACACUUUGGGAACCUUAGAAACUUUAGACACUAUGGGGACCAUGAAGACUUUGGGGACUUUAGAGACUUUGGGGACAUUGGCACCAUUGGACAAUUUGAAGACUUUGUGGAGCUUGAAGACUUUGGAGACUUUAAACCCUUUAGAGAGGAUCUUGGCAACUUUGGAAACUUUGGAGACUCUUGAGACUUUGGGGAUCUUGGCAAGGUUGGAGACUUUGAGGACUUUGGACACUUUAGGAACCUUGCAGACUCUGAAACGUUGAAGACUUUGAAAACUUUUGGUGACUUUGGGGACCUUUGAGACUUUAGACACUUUGGAGAUUUUGGACACUUUGGGGACCUUUGGUCAGUUUGGUGACUCUGUGAUCGUUGUGGUUUAUAAUCUUAUGUGUUAAAUGUAAUUUUUACUCUCACUAAUGGUGUUUCUGUAAAUGUAAAAUCAGACGAUCCGUUUUUAUUGUAGAUUUUUUAAUGUUCUUCUUAAUAAAAAUGUGAAAACACUGA